AUGGCGCCCCCUUAUCGAGGUGUAGGAUCUUACCAAAACCGGCGCUUUCAGUCAGGCGCUUAUGAUCGAGUGCCGCGAGGCCCAGUCCCUCAUCAUGAAAUUGGACCACGGAAUGGGGAUCAAGUGUCGAUGGCGUAUCAGCCUGAGCUCCACGCGAUGAACAGCAAUAUGCUACCAGGACCUAGGAACGCUGAAAGAACUCAUCAAUUCAUGUAUCCCAAUGGCAUCCCUCCCAACUACAAGGUGGUUAAACCCACCGAUGGCACUAUUCCCCAGAAGUACAUUGAGGACUACCUUGAUGUGUCAUUCUAUCUGACACCUGCAAAAGAAGUCAAGGCUCUUUUCAGCAGCAAAAGCGGCUCACUUCCGACCCGCGGCCUAUCUCACGUCGUUCCCACACGAGAGCUUCACUUAUGGAGCGCUGAGGAGAUUCAGGGCAACGCCAACGCCAUUCGCAAGAAGUAUUGGCAUGCUAUGAAGUCCAUGCAAAAGCCUGAGUGUUGGGAAGACCUGUACGAUUAUUUUGACUGCUUCGAUAUUUACUUUCACGGCGCCUUGAAUCUCUGGAAUCUGAUCACGCAUCUUUACCACGAGAACCAGAUCUUGAUCAAGGGCCUCCAUCAAAGUAUUGCCUUUGAGGUCGGCAUCUGGUGCGAUGAAUGGGUCACCAAAGAGGUGAACAAGCAGAAACUCUGGAGCUUUAGAAACUGGGAGCAUGUUCUCAGUUUAUUCAACGCGGAGGAUGUGAAGGAGCUCCAAGGAAUGGAACCUGUCAGCGUCGAGCUUCUGAAGAGCGCUUUGGUUCACAGGCAGGCUCAACUGCAUGGCAAGAACUGGGCGCAGCCAACUAAAUAUCCCGCCAACAGCCUUGGAGCCCAGUGGCAUCAUCACACUGUUCAGCAGUGGCUUGCCGGUCAACCCGUUCCCGAUACGCCAAGCGGUAUGGCACCUCCUCAAUCAUUGCUGUCCUUAGUAUCAUCUGGCAAUCCAGCUUCCGAUAGCGGUAUUGGCCGCAUUCCCGAGUCUGUAUCAAAUACUGGCCAGACGUCACAAGCCCCCCUGGUCGUCAGUGGAACCAAAAAGCAGAGCAUUGCUUAUCAACCCCCUGUUGCUCGUUCGACACUUGCUUUGUUAAAUCAAAACGAGCAACCUCAGACGGAUGUAAACCAUGCUGAAUCAGGCCAUGACUCUUCUGCCGCUGGACAUGGCGAUUACAAACCAUACAAAGCUGGCCCUGGUGGCACGCAGCGGCCUUCCCUCGGGUCCUGGGCUCCUUCCCACUCUGAGGCUCCUUCGUCCACGCACCCCUCAGCUGUCACAUCAGUGCCACCACCUGCUCCUCCUCCUGCUACAACUCCCGCGCAUCACAAUGAGCGACAACAAUGGCGAAGUGAGUCAGCAAGAUCAUCAACUAGCUUUGACAAUGCAAGCCAAGGUCGGCAGCGAUAUCGUGGGGAGUCUAAAGGCUGGGAAAAGGUUCAGAAUGCAGAUGAAUCGAUUCAUGGUCCUGUCUUCCGUCGUUCUCCGGUCAAAGGCAUUCGACCGCGAGCUUUCUCUCGGCUAUCAUCGAAGGAAGAUCCAAACUGCGUGAACCAGGGAAAAGUUGCUAGCGACAAGUGGUCAUACACCCCUUGCAACUGCACGAAUUGCGAAGUUCGUGAACGAUCUGUCUAUGUCAAUCUCAGUCCAACUCCGCAGCUGCCGUCGGAAAAUCGUCAUAGAAUACUGACAAGAGUCAUGUCUCAAUGGGGACAAGUCGAAAAGGUUGUCCCAUUGCCAUUUGUAAAUAAGACCGACUGUAUGGGUUGUAUCGUCAGAUACACCGAUGAAUCCCGCAUCAGAGAAGUUGUGGCGACAAAUGACUUUGAUUGUGAAGAGCUCCAAUCCAGAGUCCGGAUUGGCGCAAUGCACCACUCCAAGUACGGCAACGCAAUCUAUCAUAGUAGAACUUCUCCUGCCAAAAGCAACAGUUGGCAACGGGGCACUAGUACUGUUCGCCAUCAUCGAGAUGCCAGAAUUCAAGUGUCUCUGGAGCAGUUCAUGCUUCAAAAGCCCCAGACCGUCAAACCUCCUGCCGAAGCAGAGUCGCAGUCUAAACCUCCUUCAGAAGAGGCCUUGCCAGAUUCUGAGCCAUUCGAUGAGGGAAAUAGCCCUCCAGGCGUCACGAAUUUGGGGAACAAUGGCAAGGGUAAGGCUAUCCGGGUCCACCUCCCUGCUACGCCAAAGAAAGAGAAGCACUCGAGCUCCCAAGUGAUCAAGAAACCUACUAUGGGCCAGGAAAAUGCUGCCAUCGCUUUCAAGAAGAGCGAACUACUUGCACUUGCCGCACCAUCAGAAACGCCACUCGAGUCAUGCGAUUGCGAAGAUACUGGAACUUCCAAAACGGUGAGAACAUCGAAGUCCCAAGAGAAGGCACUCGUGAACACCUCUUCCGAGAAAUCGAAGGUCGGAAAAGGUUUGCCAAGUCCUCCUCGCGGAAGGGGUUACUAUAGCAAAGUUUUCACUCCAGAAAACCCUGAGCAAGUCGAUAUAUUCGACCUCCAGCCCGUUCAGUCCACAAAAUCGGCAAAGGAAGCGGGACAUGCACUCGACACCUUGUUAGACGCAUCCAUCGGGUUGCAGUCACUCAAAAGUGACCAGCAACAUGUGCAGCCAGCAACCGACCCUGAGAGCCUUUCUGAGAAGAAGUACAAAGGAAAGGGCAAGAGCAACAAGAAGAAAAAGAAAACGGCCGUUGUUAGCGAGCCGCCUGAGGCGACUGGUUCCCAAAACUUUGACAAUCAUACGACCGAAGGCACUGCCGAGGAGCAGGGCUCGCAAACCCAGGUCGUGUUCAUAUUGAGUAGGGGUCGAAGCAUGAGAGUUCUCGAGCCAGAGAACCCUCAGAAUCCUUCACCUAAAAACCUCACAGAGUAUCUUGGGAAUGGCCUCAAGCCAUCAGAGGCCAAUGAACCUGCAGAGACCACAAGUCAAGAUUACCGCGCCAACGCUGGCGGCUCGCUCCGCAUGUCUAAGAUUCGGAAGAAACCGCUCCUAGAACUGAAGCUUGCAGGCUCAUCUGCUUCAGACGUUGACGCGACCUUACCCUCUGACACUGCUCUCGCUUCAGCUGCAAGCUUCGUUACCGCCAAGGAGCAUAGCUCUUGUGAUGGUUCACAAGGCAUGGCUUCGACCCCCGCGACGCCUUUCUCGGGUAAAGAGACCAUGCCCACGGCUUUCACUCCAGAACCGCCAGCUGCAGACCAUGUUGAAGCCUCAAAUACUACUAUUCUUCUCAAUCCUCAAGCCAAGGAAUUUCCAUCUUCCGGUCCUUCCACAAUGCCGCUCUCCUCUGUGAAGCUUGCACCGAUUCCGUUGAAGAGGCCCAUGCAACAUCAGCGGAAUGUCUCCGAUACAUCAAUCGCCACUUCUCGUACAAUUACACCAGACAUUUCACCCACAAAGCCAGAUACAGACAAUGCUAAGAAAUCUGUUCAAGGCGUGACGAAGCGCGACACAGCAAUCAUUCCUACGGAUUCAAAUGCGAGCACUACUCCAGUUAGCCAUGACGACAAGCUUACUCCUGAAAACGACGAUGAUGACGGAUUAUGGCAGUUGCAGCGCAACCAGCGGACCUUGACUAAGGGUAAAUCCAAGCAGCCGAACGGUAGAAUGCAGUCUCAGCAGCAUCACUCUUAUGCCAAACAGGGCAACAGCAAAAACCAUCACUCGCCUAAGAAGCAAAAGACGCAGGGCAAGAACCAUCUCUUGCCCCGCUAUGUUUCGAGCCCGAACAACCGAACUGCUUCGACAAGCAACAAAGAAGACUUUCCAUCGGUCCAGGCCGGACGUGCAUCCGACUCAGUUCUUCCAGCUGCCAGCACCUGGGGUAAGGUGCGUCCCGCAUCCACGGCAACUGGUGCAACUGCUAUUUCCGCCAAGGGCCACACUACUGGAGGACAAGUUUCCAAUGAGGAAGUCGACAAGCAGUAG